AUGGCCAAGAUUAAGCCAGGGCCGAGCCUCAAGCUGUCCGGCCCGCUCCGCAGCGCCACCAACCCGACGUCACCGCCCGAAACCCCCACGGGCCGCAAGCCGCAGCGCCAUCAUCACCAUUACCGCUUCUCGCGCCCGCUGUCGCAGGACCCCAACAUCAAGCCCGUCGGCAACGGCCACCACUUCAGCUACCAGCCCGUGCUCGGGCCCGAGCAAUUGAGCCCGCGCUCGUCGUCGUCGUCGGACCCUGCCGACGAAUCCGACUCGUUCUCGGACAUCGAGGCCCGCAGCCUGCCUGCCUCGUACGCCGCCGACGUCUCUGGCGAGUCCGACUCGGACGACAACGACUCGGAGGCGCAAGCCUCAGAUUCGUCUGGCUCCGGCUCCGGCUCCGGCUCCGGCUCCCGCUCUGUCCAGGCCAACACGCUGCGCGCCCUCGACUGCGACUUCGUCAUCGAGGACGUCGACCCCAUGGACAGCGCCUGCGAGGGCCUCGACGUGCUCUUCCCCACGGAAAUCGAGUCCAUCCGAAGCCGGUCGCGGUCCUCGCGCCACAAAGGCCUCGACAGGCGCAUGAUGCAGGACCUCCGGAACCUCAACUGCAGCAACGAGGCCUCGGAAAGCGACCCGCCCAACCCCUGCGACGACGACCAAGAGGCCUUCCUGCAGCGCCGCCAGGAGCUGCGACGGCACCGACGCGUGAGCAUGUCGAGCAGCUUCGGCAAGCGCACCCACAGCGAGCUCAGUGACUCGGACAACGACGAGGCCGGCUCGCUCGACGUCAACGACGUCAACGACGUCGGCUCCAGCGCCCGCCGCCUGCGCAAGAGGCUGCACCGCGGCAGCCUCUUGUUCCAGGACCCGCCCGAGCCGCGCAUCGACGAGCUCGACGAGCCCGACUCGGGCGAGGACAACUACGCGUAUGGAAAAUCGCUGGCGCGCGAGCUGCCCUACUAUACCAUGGAAAUCAUGGAGAUGGAGUCGAGCUGA